ACAGUCUACAGCCCACAAUACCAAAACUCGUUUUCGAAGUUUUUUCGAGGUCGGUCAGAACAUGGUAUAAACAGGGUAUAUUUAUACAUCGAUUUGAAAAUUCUCGCUGCAUCGAAGCAAAACAUCGAUAUUUUGGAUCCAUUCCUAUGGCAAACGCUUUGUAAAUUGACAUUUCUGGUAGAAUUAAUUUAAAAGUUUUAAAAAAUAUUCGCUUUAAUAUGGCUUCAAGCAAUGGAUUUAUAAAUCUAACCACUCUGGAUGAGUUGACUUUUAAGCGCAGCAAAUGGUGGAGCAGUUUUUUAGAGGGACUAGGUGAACAUGAUUCAACAGAAGUUUUCUAUCUGGAUGAAUUGGAGGAAAAAUAUAAGGACGAAUUUGCUGAUUUAGACGGCAGAAAUAAUACUAAGGAAGCGGAGGAGUCUGACGUUGCUGAAGAUAUUGAACAAAGUAUGUUAAAAGGGAUGACAGAACUUGAAAGAAAUUCGUUUUUGGAGUCUUCUGAUGUUCAAGAUAUUCUAAAUGCUACACGGCCAAUAUUGGAAGAGCAUGAUCGAAAAUGGAAGAAGGCUGGACUAGAUCGCAUACUAAAUACUUUUGAUUCUGUUCGCAUUGAAAAGGAAGUCGGUGACUGGAUGCGCCGAAACCAUAGUACCGCAAUAGCCAACUGUGAAUCUGGAGACCAUACCGAUUCUUCGAGCUCUUGUGAUACAGAACGCUAUAUACUUUCUACACGUAAAAAUGGUUUUAGACGGCGCAGCAGUAUCAGAUCGAUUAAAAGGUUUAAAAAUUCUCAAAAAUUACGACACAAACAUGGUAUGCUAAUCGAAAGACACAUGUACCGAGCAUACAAAUGCAAUUGCUGCAAACAUAAAUUCAACGGAUCAAAUCAAUUGGUAUGGGAAUCAGAAUCAGUUGGACUGGAAGAUACAACUGAUACGGAUGAUUAUGACGAUGAUAAUGAACGUAGGAUUUCUAUGCAUCCCGUUAAUUUACGCCGAUGUAGGUGCGAACCUCCACUUAAGCGACAAUAUGAUACAAGCACAGAUUCUGAUUAUGUUUCGCUUAAAAAUCCUACAAUUUCACGCCGAUCCCUACACUACACAUGCGUAGAGCAAUUAUGUUUCAAGGGAAGAGACGAUUUGCGCAACAAGCAGUGCUCUAAUAGGCGUCCACGCCCCAGUAUUAGACUAGCUCUCAUGGAACCAAAUUAUGAAACACCACCAAAAUGGUCAUCAGUAAGAGACAAUAUUACCAACACAGCACCCUCCAAAUUUUCUAAGAAGCGAGUAGCUGCAAAGAAAGCUUUAGCAAAGAUAAUAACCAAAGGAAAUUUAGCCAAUGCCAAGAGGCUUUCUAUAGAGACUCAAGUGAAAGACAGUUCAGAUAAAUGCAUCUCUACAUUUGAAAAAGAUCUGAAAAAUUAUGAAACACCACCAAAAUCGUCAUCAGUAAGAGACAAUAUUACCAACACAGCACCCUCGAAAGUUUAUAAGAAGCGAGUAGCUUCAAAGACAGCUUUAGCAAAGAUAAAUAAGAAUGAAGAUUUAGCCAAUGCCAAGAGGCUUUCUAUAGAGACUCAGGUGAAAGACAGUUCAGAUGAAUGCAACUCUACAUUUGAAAAAGAUCUGAAAAAAGCUAUAGCACUUUCGUUGGAAACAAAGGCGGAGACUUGUAAGAAUGGUACAGAGUCGAAAAAAGAAGACUUGCUAAAUUCUGAUUUAAUCCAACCAAUUAAGAAUUUUAAUUCGAAUAUGGUAGUUAUACUUUCAAGCACCGAUUCGGAGCGGUCAUCUAAGCAAACCAAUGGUUAUUCAAAAAAACUUACUACUCAAACCACCACAAAAAUUGGUAAGCGAGCUACAGAAGAUACAAAAGAAAAUACAUUUUUGUCGAAUGCCGAAAAUAUUUGUAACUCUACGGCAUUGAACGGUGCUGCCGCGCGCAAGCAGUUAAUUAGUCGUCUACCGACAAUAAGUGAAAACACAGCCCACAAAAUUUUUCACGAUACGCUGUUUAAAGAUGAUGCAACUCCCAAAGCCGCUGCACGUUGUUUGACCACCGUCGGUAAAAGUUCAAUGCUCGAUACGACAGCACUAAACGACAUUAAAGUUGGAAAAGAGUUUAUAACGCUUCCAUCACCAGAGCAAGGGCGAACAAUGCCCAGAGUAUGCGUCUCCGAAACAAAGCGUAUAUUAAAACCACAAAUUGUCUCGCGUGGUGGAAAAUCCGCAAUUGGACCAAGUAUCACAGAAAAAGUUAACAAAAAACAAAAACCAGCACGCAUUCUUUUAUACAAACCUCAGCAGAAACAGCAACUGCAAGGUGCCUAUUUCCAAGUAACUAAAGAGCUUUUGAGUGAUGUAAUUGGGGAGAAGGACGCAUGCAGAUUUUUGAAGCACCAUCUUGGACGUCUUUCAUUUCCUAACACAUCUACUGUGUAUUACUGUCCCCCUGAGGAGGAACUCUCGAGCUCUGACAGUGAUGACGAUCCCUUGCAGAAGGUUGGGCGUUGUGGUGAAUUGUAUGAGUCUGUGCUACGCGAUGAUAACGAGAUAAUUUAAGAUGGGCCACUUUUGUUUUAAUGUGUAAGUUUUUAGAUAAAUGCAAUGAAAACAGCUUAAAAAUUUAAAACCAAUACCAGCGUUUAAGUUAUAUAAUAUAAAAAACUUGUUCCACUACCUUCCAAAAUAUGGUUUAAGUUUUCUCAAAAUUUUUUUUUAAAUCAAACACUACAUUUUAAAUAAAAUACGAAGACUUUAUAAUAGUUUGAAUGUCUAAUUUUCCUUUAAUUUAAAUCGAUUGUUGAGAAUAAAAUAAAAAAAACAACACGUACAUGAUAAAUAAUAUAAAGUGAAUAAUAAAAAGUAUUUCUUCAGCUCGAACAUUUAUGUAUGUAUGUAAAUUAAUCUUAAAAACAAUUAUUUUCGUUAUAAAUGAACAAUUAAAUUGGACAUACGAAACGUAAAUGUA